AUGUAGUCUGAAGCGAAUUACGUUAGAAUGGGCGAUAACAAAUAAUACUAGAUUGUUCCAGAUUAAGAAAAUCAAAUAAAUAUUUAGAAUACAGCUUUAUCAACUUAAAAUUAAUUUCAUAUUAAUCAUAGCGAAAAUCAUAUUAGUGAAGUUAAUGAUAAUAGAGAAAAGCAAUAUUUAAAUUAUUCAAAUGAAAAUUUCCCAUUUAUGGUGUAGGAUAAAAAUGGAAGUUAUGUCAUAAAUGAAUAAAUUUAUUUAAAGUUAGAUAAGAAAGAAGGCAAAAAGUUUGAAUGGAAAUUAUUGAUUGAAAAAGAAAAAAUUGUUAUGAAAAGCUUAAUAGAUAACUCAUAAAUUGAAGUAAAUUGGUAAGAUUUAUUAGGAGCUUCAUAUCAAUAAGUUAAUGUUGGAGGACAUAUCAUUUAUAAGCUUAGCAUUUAUUUAAUGAAAAAAGAUCGUAAAACAUGUUAUGUAGCCUAUAAUAGAUAUUUAAGUAGUCUUGACUUUUAUGUUGAAACAGAAAGUAGAGCUUAAAACUUAAAGAAAUUAAUUUAAAAUUAUGCAAGAAAUAAAAGCUAUUUUGAUUAAAUCUAGUAAGAUUUGCACUAAAAAAAAAUACCUGAUUUCCCCAAAAAGCUGCUAGUGUUUAUAAAUCCCGUUGGUGGAGAUGGCUCUGCUUAAAAAAAAUGGAAUAAGAUAUCUCAUUUAUUAGAAUAUGCUGGAUAUACUUAUUUACUUGUUUUAACAAAGUACAAAGACCAUGCACAUCAAUACGUAAAUGAAAUUCCUGCUGAAUAACUUAUAUAGUAUGCUGGUAUAGUAACAGUCUCUGGAGAUGGGCUUCCUCAUGAAAUUGUCAAUGGCUUAUUUAAAAGAGCAGAUAAAGAUUUUGUAUGCUCUAAAGUAGCUCUUGGAGUUUUGCCUGGAGGUAGUGGAAAUGCAUUAAUUAAUAGUAUAUUACAUGAAAUAAAUGAACCUAAAACAUUGGAAGGAGCAACUUAUUUAAUUUGCAAGGGAUCAAUUAAAGAUAUGGACAUGAUUCAAAUGCAGACAAAAGCUAAUCCUUGUAUUUACUCAUUUUUAUCUUUAGCUUGGGCUUAUAUAGCUGAUGUUGAUCUCAAUUCUGAACACUUAAGAUUUUUGGCAAGAUUAAGGUUUGAUGUGAUGGGUGUAUACAGAGCUCUUUUUUAAAAAAAAUAUUCAGGAGUGCUCUACACAACAGAUGAAGAUUUGUAGUAACUCCCUGAUAUAAAUCAACCGAUAGAUAUAUAGUAAAACAGAUGGGAGGAAGUUAAGGAGAGAAGUUUUAAAUAUUUUAUGAUAAUGAAUGUACCUCUUAUUACAUAAAAAGAUUUAAAUGCUCCUAAUGCACAUAUAAAUGAUGGAUUCAUGGAUUUAUAAUAUCUUGAAAGUAGUAAAGGAUGGGGUUAACUAGUUAAGUAUGCUUUAAAUUUCUAAAGUGGAUCUCAUUUUGAUAAAAAGACUUAAUUACCUGCUUCUGGGUAGAAGUUUACUUAUAAAAGGGUCAAAGCUUUCAGACUCCAAAGUGUCAACUAAUAAGAUUUAGGCUUAUUGUCUAUAGAUGGAGAAAGCUAUACAAGUGAUGUGAUAUAAGGCAGAAUUUUACCAAGUAUUUUGAAGGUGUUUUCUUUUUGA